UGCGCACGAAUACAAUCAAUGGCUUCAGAACAGUUUGUUGAAGUGAAGAGGAAAAAGGGACGGUCUAAUAGGCACCAGGAAAGAUCAUAUCAACAACCCUUGUGUUCCUUGAAUAGUGCAUCCAGCGCAGAUUCUGUAGAUGUAGACAUUUCAAGAAUCGUCCGUCGAAUAAGGGAAUUACGUGAUGAGGUUUAUGCCAAAGAGAUGAGCCAGAAAGUAAUUGAGGAUGUUGAAACAUGGUUAAUCAAUUUAGAUGCUUCCAUGAAUACAAAGCCAGACAAGAAAGGUCAGUCUGACAAGGAGAAAUUGACAAACAGCUUGGAUGGAUGUGAAAAGCAUGAUUCUGAAUGUACUCAAAAGCCGGAGAUCUGUUGUGGAGAAAAUGGUUCAUUAUUCGAUGUAGACAUUGUAUGCUAUGGUCUCGGAUGUGUGACCACAUGUCCAAUAGCAAGAGAACAGACAGCAUUACUUUUGGAACUAAAGGAACGACAGUGUGCUGAAUCGUCAUGUUACUGCUAUGAUCCUCACUUCAAACUAUCAGACUGUCAUAUCUUGAGGCAAUUUGGAUCUGAUGUGAUUGAUAGAAAUGAGGAGGGAAAAAGACCAAUUACAAGACCGACCAUAUUCUUCAUGCCUCACUGUGGUAAAGCUCUAUAUAACAACCUGCUCUGGGCGAAUUGGGAGACAGAUGAACUUAGCAAGUUAUUCAUUAUUGGGAAUAGCUUCUCAGCUAUGAAUGAAAGGUUACCACAGAGGAUAUUUGAAAAGGAAUACCAUUUCAUCUUCAAAAUACUUCCCCUUGUAUUAGAGGAACCAUUUCUUUUGACUCCCCACACAGAAACAGCCUUCAGUGAUACAUCAUGUCACUGGAUCCCACAGUUGAAUCUAGUCUCCAAACCCGUGGAUUUCUGGACAAGGCCCGAACCAAGUUAUUCAGAGGAGGAUGUGGAAAUCAUAUGCAAGAAUGACAAAUCUUGAGUCAACAGAUAUGACCUAAUAUUUGUUUUGUUAUCUCUAUUUAAAUGUAUUCGGUUUCGUAUAAAGUAAUA